AUGGCCCGUUUGGGAGAUCCACAGGUGAGGCAUCCCCAGCAGCUCAUGGACAGGCCUCCUGAUGGAAUCCACAAUGCAGUUAGCAGGAUCCAUAACCACAUUCCUUUAAUGCCUUCUGAGACUCCUAUCAGCUACUCUCCCAGCAUCUUCCAUCCCCCCAGUUAUGCAGCUCACAAUGCAGUACUGUAUAUGGCCCCUCCGCCAUGCCGACAAGUUCGACCCCAACGAGGUCAAAGUCGGUACCUGAGGCGCACCGGUGGCGAAGUCGGUGCCACGUCUGCCCUGGCCCCGACGAUAGGCCCGCUGGGUCUGUCUCCAAAAAAGGUUGGUGAUGACAUCGCCAGGGCAACCGGUGAUUGGAGGGGUCUAAGGAUUACGGUGAAACUGACCGUUCAGAACAGACAGCCCCAGAUUGAAGUGCUACCUUCUGCCUCUGCCCUGAUUAUCAAAGCCUUCAAGGAACCACCCAGAGACAGAAAGAAGCAGAAAAACAUUAAGCACAGUGGAAAUAUCACUUUUGAUGAGAUUGUCAAUAUUGCCCGACAGAUGCGACACCAGUCUUUAGCCAGAGAACUCUCUGGAACCAUUAAAGAGAUCCUGGGGCCUGCCCAGUCUGUGUGCUGCAAUGUAGAUGGCCGCCACCCUCAUGACAUCAUAGAUGACAUCAACAGUGGUGCGCUGGAAUGCCCGGCUAAUUAACUACAAAGGAAAAUGUUUCAAUAAAAGAUCAUUUGACAAACAAAAA